AUGUCGAGCGAGGGAACAGAAAAGAUCGAAGAACUCGACAUCUUUCGCGAUGAGCUGCGGCUGUGGCAGAAGCCGUCGCUGCUCAUACCCCCUUCAGUCCUCGACUCGAUCUCGGCUUCCUCGUCAUCCUCCUCUUCAUUGGUCGGUCCUCAACCCCCGUCGCCUUGGCCAAGCUACGUCCCACCGAUGAUCCUCGACGUUAUCCUGGACACUUCGGGCCUCGAUCCUGAUAAGCACGUGCUCAUGAUCGAAGAGCCAAAUGGGGAUGAUGGUCCGCCAGCUAAGGUCAAGGCUUUUCCUCAGGAUUCAUCCUCGACCGCUGCUUCCAGAUCGAUUGUGUUGGAGAGCUGGAGGCUCGACUUUGCCCUCUACGGCCCACCGAGCCCGCCGGAGCUGCCGACGCUGUACAAGCGCUCAAUCAUCCAUUUCAGGCAGCUCCAGACGCUCUUACUUUCCCUUCCUUCGCAGGGGCUCUUUAGGAGGCUGCAGAAGACCCGACAAGAGUCUCUUGCGCAACGGGGAACACCUCAAGAGGCAAGCGAAGGCGGCGGGCGAAGAAGCGAGUGGGACGAGGACGAGGCGAACGCACUCAAGCUUGGUGUCAGGAUGGCCAUUGGGCAGCCCGCGGCAGACGACGUCGGUAUAUGCGGUCUGCGCGAGCCGCUGGGCAGUGCCGCAGAGAGGCUGGCUCAAGGGGACCGAAAGGCGGCCAUGGACGUGACGGAGACUUUUGCAUUCAGUCCCAUGAUCAAUGCUCUGGGAUCGCUCAACUUCUCUGUUGAAUACCGGAGCAAUGCAGACAUCUUUGUCGAGGAGCUGGAGAAGCCGCCGACUUCGAACCUGACCGAGAUCGAGAUGGACGAGGACUACUUCAGGCCAGCAAAGGAUCGCUUCACGUCGGCGAGACAGCAGGCGCAGGGAGGUGGUAGCGGUGCAGGAGUGCAACAGCAGCAACAAGCGAGCGUCUUCACCCCAUCUGCCGCGGGUCGGCCGGUCGCCGGUCUGUCUGGUCUCCGUAGGAGCCCGUCCGUCUCUGCGGGUGUCUAUGGCACGAGCCCCGGCUCGGCUGCCAUUGGGCCCACGCCUCCGAGUCCAGCAUUGGCUGCUGCUUUAUCAUCGACGAGCGAGGCUGCGCGCUGUCUCAGCCGGAACUGCACCUUCUUCAUCUGCAGCCUCAGCAUCGAGACCGAUCGGCGCAAGGACUGCGACAGCUGCCGCUGCCAGGGAAUUCGCCUCCUCGCUCAGGUCCGGCUCGUACAGUCCCUCGUCGCCUUCACCGCUAGCGCAGCAAUUAUACGGCGGCUCGUACUCUCGUCUUUCCUCCAGCCCUUCGACUCGAGGGGUUGGUCCUGUACCCGGACCGGGGGCCAUCCAAGCAGUACCGCUCUCGGGCAGCUCUAG